CGUUGGUUUACUGUCCGACGAGGCUGGGGAAGCGAAUGCAAGGGUUUGGGGCAAAGCUUAUAGAGGCAUUGAGCCAUCCGGUGGCUCACGGAGAGGAGGGUUCUCUGCUGCCGGAACACGCACACGGGGCUGGCUGUGAGCGAUGGAGCCCAUCUACACGCACGGUAUCCAAGUGGCUGAACGUUUGCAGCAAACUCUCGGCGGCUUUGAGAAGAGUUUGCUCUUCAUGACUUGGAUCGGUGACCCGAGAGCAUCUUUUUUUAUUUACUUCCCUGUAACGUACUUUCUCAACAGAAAGAUCGGGAUCUCAGUCUUGUGGAUCACUGCACUUACUGAAUGGUUAAACUUAGUAUUUAAAUCGAUUCUGUUUGGUGAGCGUCCGUUCUGGUGGAUUCAUGAGUCGGGGGUCUAUGAUGAGCACCAGAUGCCCAAGUUAAAGCAAUUUUUCUGCUCCUGUGAAACUGGCCCAGGCAGUCCUUCCGGCCAUGCGAUGAUCACAGGUGCAGCAUGGUGGCUUAUAAUGACCAGUCUUUCCACAUGCAUUUUCAAUCGCACUAGAAGCUCGCUGGCAAAGAACAUUCCUGUAGUAUUGUACAUCGUUCUGCUGCUGGCAAUCGGCAUCUCCAGAAUAUUUAUUUUGGCACAUUUUCCUCAUCAAGUGGUUGCUGGAAUAAUUACAGGUGCUGUACUUGGUUUUCUGCUGGGCCAAUACAUACCCGAGAAUAUCAAAUUCAUCCAAUAUGUUGUGACCUCAAUCUUGUUGCUGCUCAGUGGUAUGUGCCUGCACUGGGGAUUGCAUUACUUUGGUGUAAACGUUUCUUGGACAAUUUUACUUGCUACCAAGUGGUGUGCCAGGCCUGAAUGGAUCCGACUAGACACGGCACCAUUCUCUUCACUGAGCCGGGAUGCAGGGACAAUCCUCGGACUUGGCAUCGGACUCUGCUCACCAUUAUACGCCAGCACACAGGGGUGGAAGAUGACGUGGAAGGUGAAAGCUGUCUGCAUUGCACUCUCUGUGCUCAUCAUUGAGAUAAUGGAUCGGGUUCCACUGCCCAAGUACUCCACCAUCCUGUUUUAUGUCCUGUUCUACCUGAAGAAUGCAUUUGUUCCUAUUUUGGUGACUGCUAUUAUCCCCUGGCUGGUCCAUUCCAUUUUUCUAAUUCAGCCAACUCGGAAACAAAAGUAACUUUAAAUUAAAUAGUUAUUUAAAAAUGGUUGAGCCAUCUCCUGACACACCGCCAAUACUAAUUCACCUCCCAAUGCCUCCUUCGUAUUGAGUGCUAAUCUGAAUCAAGGGCAAACAGUUCAGAGUUUGGAUGUCAAAACAGAAGAAGGUCUGAAGAAGGAUUCCAACCCAAAAUGUCACCUAUCCAUGUUCUCCAGAUAUGCUGCCUGACCUGCUGAAUUACUCAAUUACUCCAGUGGUAACAUUUCACUCACUUGCUUAUCUAACUAACACUGCCCUCAAAUUAUUCAACGGCACUGCCUCCAAUAUCCUUUCAGAAAAAAGAGUUCAAAAGAUCCACAACCCAAAGAGAAUGAAAAAAAAAUCACUUAUUGGGGGCGGCACAGUGGCGCAGCUGGUAGAGCUGCUGCCUCACAAAAUGUCUCUGCGAUGGACGGUCUACAUCUACUUCCCUCUGCAAUUUCUAGGGCAGAGCUGUUCCCAAACCAAGUUGUGAUGCUACAUGACAGUAUGCUUUCUAUAGACGUCGUCAAGCUAGUCCCCCAACUUUUAUAUUAAUUUCCCUUAACAAUAAAAAAUAAUAACCUUUCCAAAUUAUUUGCUGUAUCUGCAUAUCCAUCCUUUGUGGAUCAUAUUCUAGAAUACUCAGUUCCCGUUGUUUCUUUAGUUUCUUAUUACUUAGAUAAACGUGUUUACAUUUUCCCAGCCAAAAUUGACAAUUUUCCACUUUCCCACAUUCUAAUCCAUGUGCCAGAUUUUUGGUCCACUUAUUGAACCAGUCUAUAUCCCUUAUGCUCUCUUCACAUAUUACUUUCUGACGUAACUUUGUAUAAAUGGUAGAUUAAACAUUCAUACUUCAAAACUUGCCUUUAUCCAAGUCAUUAAUAAACCAGGAUGAAUAGCAGAGGUGCACCAGUUGUUGUCUCUUUAAAGUAUAGUAUGUCCAACAAUAUCCACCAAAUGUUUUCCUCGUCAACUAAUACAUUUGUCAAACAUGGUUUCCCAUUCACAAAACCCUAUUGACUUUACCUUUAUAAAGCUUCUAAUAUUUGCCUUAUAACAGAUAUGAAGCUGCCUCACCUGUAACUUUCUGUUUUCCCCCUCACUUUUUGAAGUGCAUUUGAGUUACAUUUGCAAGUCUCCCGUCCGCACGUGGAUUUGAAUCAUUGAAUAUGGUUACCAUAGUAUUGUUUUGUGCAAAGUACUGUGUUAAAAUCCACUCUUUUAGAAGUUAGUUUUCUAAUCACUCAUAUUUUAUUUUAUUUAUUUUGCGUGAUUGGACUUUGUGGUUAAUAGUUUUUUCUCAUUGUAAUUUAAGUGUAUUACUAUAAUUCUACCUGCGAAACAAGUUGUUGAAGAAUAUUAAAAACGACUUGAAAGGAAAAUAAUGAAA